AAAAUAAUAUUGAUGAUGCAAAGUUCAUAAGUGCAGACCUGAAAAACACAAACUGUUCAGGUCACGGGUGCCACACAUAAGGUUCGGGGAUGACUUGGCAUAGUGUAAAACUAUGAACUGCUCCUCCAGUUUUUCUGAGAAUUCUAUUCCCGGUGUAGUUAUGCCAGCAUGAUUAAUCCACAUGUGUUGAGGCAUAUUGUUAUACUUCCACUUAUAUAUAUAUAUAUUUUAAAAAGCUGGUCAUCUGUUUUGUAAGAAUUGUUUACUGAAGACAUUUUUGUGUGUUUUUUGUUGCUUUUGUCUGCUCCUCUGACUCUUCUGAGAUUAAGCUCUAGAUUUUGUGUCCAUCGGUAACUUGAGAUAGGCAGGUUGUCCUCCCCAGUCACGUGGUCAGCCUGAGCAUCCUUUGGCAGAUCCAGCAGGCUGCCUCGCGUGUCUCCAGUAAAGGUUACUGAGUGAACGAGCCCCGCUGCUGCUUCCUAUAGUCGCCUCAUCUCCCGCUUGUAGCUUCUUCUCCUCUGUGCAGACUGCUCUGUGAAAACGCAGGUAAGUCCGCGAAAUGAUCCAUGCAAGCGUUACAGCCUUGAGUUUUGAGUGGGCAACUACGCACCGUGGCAUCAGCGUGAUGCUGCGUGGAUACUUGCCGUGCAACAAAGACAUGCAUGUGCUUUGGCAAAGUAAAUGGCUGCCUAAUGCUGCGGAUUUAAUGCUUUCGCUCAAACUGAGACACGCCAGCUUGCAAAGGAAGGCUGCAGAGUGAGUCCUCGCAGGUGGAGCGCUGUCUGUGGGUGCAGGGGCUGCUGGAGAGGCAGAUACGUCUUCAUUACUCAUUGUGCAGGUGGAGCAGCGCUCCUCCGAGUCGGAGGCGGUGGCGUUGUGCUCAUUGUAGUACGCUGAUAGUCGAUAUUGUUGGUUUAUCGCAGAAAGUAGCUCUAGUUGUCGCUCGCAGAAGAUCAGUGGCUCUGGAUUGUGUGAAAUAGUCCGACGUUCAAGUUCAAACAGUAGCUGGAGGUGGCGGUAAGGUCACAUAGUAAUGACUCAGCAACCGUCGUCUGCUGAGGAGAGUAAACUCGGGCUGUUUUUGGAGGAUUUCCAGGAACUGAAGGUUUAAAGAAGCUGCCUGUUUGUUCCCGUGGAAACCAGCGGAGUGGAGCAGGUUAUGCCACCCCAAAGGCUUCCUGGAUCCCCAGCAGUGAAAGAGAAGGGCUGAUCCCGUCCUCCUCCAGGUUCCUGCCGUGCAGCCCUUCUUUCCCUCCUUCUCUGUCCUGCUUAUUCCCCUCUCCCAAAGAUACAAACCCUACCUGACCCCAACCCCCAAACACUUUGACCUUUGUCACCCACCUCUUGGACCAGUCACAUCCACCGCAUCAUCUUCCCCACAGCAAUUCCAUAGCCAGUCUCCCCUCAUUCCAGCCACACUAGUCAACUUCCCUGCGGGACCCUGCUCGUUUUAGAGGUCUGCUCUACCCUCUGGCUGCUUGGCGGGCCCCAUGGCUACAGGAGGUCAUGCCCCUGACAUAGAUGUGUUAAUAAACCUACAGCAGGUAAGGGUGGAAGAGGAAGAUGAGGAUGGAUGCGUGGAGGACCAGGAGGAAGAAGAGGAGGAAGAGAACUGGGAGAAAGCUCUGUCUGUGGAGCGCUUUGCAGACAUCAUCAGUGACUCUGCUUCUACCAGUGGAGACAGGAUGGGGCGACACUACACUGAGAAAGACUUUGAGUAUCACAGACACACAUUUCACCAUAUGCACCACCCCUUGUCCACUCACCUGCCUGUGCCCCAGCGUUUACGGAAGAGGGUACACAGCAUGGAGAAGAGGCGCAAAAAGAAGCGGAGAAAAAAAAAGACCUCGCUGCCGCCUUCUGACGUUACGCCCACCAUACACGAGGUAGACGAGGAAGAGGCAGAGUCGGAGACCGAAGGGCAAGGGGUGGCUGCCACUCCCACAGAGCUGCCUGAAGUCCAGCCACAGUUUAGUUUGGGGAGCCAAGAGGACUUGGGGGAACCCCUUCAACACACUAUCGUCCACACGGAAAACGAAGAACAACCUUUGUCGAGGAAAACAACCGCGCUGACUCUGAUAAAGGAGGCGGCUCAUAAUGGGGGAAUAACUAUUACUGGACAGAACGAUGACAUGGAUGGAGGAGAAGCAGCAUGCAACAGUGUUCCCUCAGGAUCAGAUCCCUCAAGUUCAGUCACACCUCAUGGCUGGUUCCGCAAGAAGCCUGUCCACCACCGUCUGCUGGGCACCCAGCGAAGCAACUACGACCUGCGGGAGCGGAUCUGCAUCGGCAGCAUGACUGCCCUGGAGACUGCCGUCUAUCAGCAGGUGCCCACUGAUGAGGCUGAAGCCCAAAUGUUGGUCAGCGCUGAUCUGGAUGACAUGAAAAGUCACAGAUUUGAGGAUAACCCCGGGGUGCGUCGGCACCUGGUGAAGAAGUCGUCCCGAUGUCACAUGAGCCGAACCAGCAACAGUUCUACGCCGCUGUGCAGCCUGAAGAAGAAGAAGAGGGCUGCGGAAAAGAAAACUCACGAGUUGUUUGUGGAGCUGAACGAGCUGAUUGUGGAGAAGGACCAUGAAAUGCGAUGGAAGGAGCGCGCUCGCUGGAUCAAGUUCGAGGAGGAUGUGGACGAUGAGACGGACCGCUGGGGAAAACCUCAUGUGGCCUCACUGUCCUUCCGCAGCUUGCUGGAGCUUCGCCGCACCAUCACACAUGGUGCCAUCCUAUUGGACCUUGAACAGACCUCUCUGCCCGGCAUCGCCCACCUGGUCGUGGAGACGAUGAUCAUUUCCGAUCAGAUCAAAGCCGAGGAUAGGCCCAACGUUCUUCGGGCCCUGCUUCUUAAACACAGCCAUCUAAGCGAUCACAAAACUCGUUUUCAUCGCCACCACUCAUCGGGCAGUCUUCAUGGCAGCUUCAACCACAACCACGUCCACGACACCAACCAGCCAUUGGUGUCCGAAGAGCACGAUGAGCACCACGAACACAAAGGACCCGUGUACGAUCCCAAACAAGACGUUUUUGUUAGCCUGUUUAAAUCUCUCCACCCUCUGCCGGAGACUCAUCCAGCCACAGCCAGAUCUAUGAAACUUCUCGCCAAGAUUCCCAAAGACGCUGAGGCUGUCAUUGUUUUAGUUGGUUGUGUUGAAUUUCUGGAGCAGCCGGCUAUGGCCUUUGUCAGGCUGAGCGAGGCAGUCCUUCUGGAGUCCGUGCUUGAGGUUCCCGUCCCUGUUCGAUUUAUUUUCGUCCUUCUCGGGCCCAGUCAGUCCAACAUGGACUAUCAUGAAAUUGGACGUUCUUUCUCCACUCUCAUGUCAGACAAGAACUUCCAUGAGGUUGCCUACUUUGCUGAUGACAGACAAGACCUCCUGAAUGGCAUCAAUGAAUUCCUGGACUACAGCAUCGUGAUUCCACCGUCAGACGUGGAGGGAAAAGACCUCCUGAAGACAGUGGCUGACUUUCAGAAGCAGAUGCUGCGGAAGAGAAAGGAAAGAGAGCUAAAGAAGCACAGCUCCUUAAUUGGAGUAGAGUCAGAAAUCAAAGAGGUGAGUCCUGAGGAGGAGGAGGAGGGAGAACAGGAAGUGGAUCCAUUAAAGCGCUCAGGAAUGCCGUUUGGAGGUUUGAUCCACGACAUCCGCAGGCGUUACCCGCAAUAUGUGAGCGACUUAAAAGACGCCCUGGACAUGCAGUGCAUUGCUGCUGUCAUCUUCAUCUAUUUUGCCGCACUGUCACCCACUAUUACCUUUGGAGGCCUCCUGGGAGAGAAAACAGAGGGCAUGAUGGGAGUGACUGAACUCAUUGUUUCCACUGCAACUAUCGGAGUUAUAUUCUCACUGUUUGCUGGACAACCCCUUCUCAUCACCGGCUUCUCUGGACCCUUACUGGUGUUUGAAGAGGCCUUCUAUAAGUUCUGUCAGGUCUACAACUUUGAGUACCUGACUGGUCGAGUGUGGAUCGGCUUCUGGCUCAUCUUCAUCGUCCUGGUGAUUGUGGCAGCAGAGGGUAGCUUCCUUGUCCGCUACAUCUCACCUUUUACACAGGAGAUUUUUGCUUUCCUCAUCUCCCUCAUCUUCAUCUAUGAAACUUUCUCUAAGCUCAUCAAGGUUUUUAAGGAACAUCCACUGAUGGCAGUGUAUCCCACUGACGCCAGUGGGUCUCAAAAUUUGGAUGGUCCCAUAUACAACCAGCCUAACACUGCUCUUCUAUCUCUGGUGCUCAUGAUGGGUACUUUCUUUGUUGCAUUCUUUCUCAGGAAGUUUCGAAACAGCCGGUUUUUAGGUGGCAAGGCCAGAAGGAUUAUCGGUGACUUUGGCAUCCCGAUCUCAAUCUUAGUUUCAGUACUGGUGGAUUAUGCCAUUACUGACACUUACACACAGAAACUCAAUGUGCCAUCAGGUUUUUCUGUCACGUCUCCUGACAAGAGAGGUUGGUUUAUCAGCCCCUUUGGUGACAAGAAGCCCUUCCCUACUUGGAUGAUGGGGGCGUCUGUUGUUCCUGCCUUGCUUGUGUUCAUUCUUAUUUUCAUGGAAACUCAAAUUACUUCAUUAAUAGUCAGCAAGAAGGAGCGUCGGCUGGUUAAAGGCUCUGGCUUCCAUCUGGAUCUCCUGCUCAUUGUCAUCCUGGGUGCCCUCUGCCCCCUUUUUGGCUUGCCAUGGCUCACGGCAGCCACUGUGCGGUCUGUCACUCAUGUUAAUGCGCUCACAGUGAUGAGCAAGGCCACGGCUCCUGGAGAAAAGCCCAUGAUCCAGGAGGUGAAAGAGCAGAGGCUCACCGGACUUCUUGUGGCUGUGCUUGUUGGUAUGUCCAUAGUGAUGACAGAUAUUCUCCGCCUCAUCCCUCUGGCUGUGCUUUUCGGGAUCUUCCUGUACAUGGGGGUCACCUCUCUGACGGGCAUCCAGCUGUACGAACGCAUAACGCUUAUGGUCACGCCUGCCAAGCACCACCCGGACCACAUCUACGUCACCAAGGUGAAGACAUGGCGCAUGAACAUGUUUACCAUCAUUCAGCUGGCAUGCAUCGUGGCUCUGUGGGUAGUGAAGUCUACUGCGGCCUCCCUGGCGUUCCCCUUCGUCCUCAUCAUGACGGUGCCACUGCGACGCCUCAUCCUCUCCAGGAUCUUCGAGGAGCGUGAGCUCCAGGCGCUGGAUUGUGAUGAAGAUUCGCCCAACUUUGAUGAAGACGGACGAGAUGAGUACAAUGAGAUCCACAUGCUUGUAUAAAUUUAAGCUGGAACCAGCUAAAAGAAUCACCUACAUCCUGCAGGUCUGACCAAUCGGAGGAAGCAAAUCUUGGAAACCUCAUUGUCUCUGGAUAGCAAGAGGAGCUUCUUCAAUGGUGUUUGUAAAAUAUACAGAAUCUUUAGCUGGAUAAGCACUUUUUACCUUUAUUUAAUCCAGUUUUUUUUUUCAAGCACAUCUAAUGUUAGAUCUUUGUGGUGGUGUCAAUGUCUUAACCCUGACAGAAAUAGCACUGAAUGCAUACCUGAAGUGGACUAUACAAAUCUAGAAACAUAACAUAACUUACAUGAACUCUUUUUACCUGAUGUCUCCCUUUAAUUAGUCUCCAGGUUCUGGGCAUAAGUGCAAUGAUAAUGGGGACCUUUAGGACUGCAGCAGGCUUGAUUAAUUCAGGCUUAUUUUG